AUGCAGCCCCACCCUCUGCCCGACGAGGCGGCCCUCUCGGCGCUCGCCCGACGCUGGGAGCCCGCGCUCUUCGCGGCCCGCACCGACGCGCCCUUCGACCCCGCCGGCCUCACGCCGUGCAUCGGCACGCCCGCCGGCCGCCGCUGCGCGCCGGGGGCCUUUGUGCUCGGCGCGUGGCAGACUGGCACCAAGCACCUCGCGGCGCUGCUCAGGGCGUCGCACCCAGAAGCGCUCGUGCCGCUGGGCAACGGCGCGUGCUGGGGUCAGUGGAAGAACGACGAGGGCGGGCGGCGCUGGCUCGAGCGCGCCGUCCCCGCCUCGUUGGAUCCGUCGGCUCAGCUCGCCGCGGCGCUCCACUGCCACGCGACGCUCCAGUUCUACCCGGACAGCGCGCACCGCUUCCACAAGUGGUGGGAGGAGUCGUACUGGCCGUGCAAGAAGCGCUGCACUGACGUGCCGGCGUGCGAGAAGACGUACUACGAGAAGGAGAUGUGGACGUGCAAGGCGGCGGCGCUGCGCGCGCACGACGCCGCGGUGGACCUGCCCACCGUGCCGGCGGGCGGCGCCUUCAACUUCACCACGCCGUGGCUCCUCCGCUCCUUUUACGGCAGCCGGCCGCCGCGCCUGAUCGCGCUGCUCCGCUCGCCGAUUGACCGGCUCGUGCACGCCUUCUAUGGCCACCCGCACUAUGGCAAAAAGUACGACCAGAUCAUCCGAGGCAUGUACGCCCCUUUUGUCGAAGACUGGCUGCGAGCCAUGGCCGGCGCGCUGCUCUGCCUUCGGACCGAAGACCUGCUGGAGCCGGCGACGCGCCGCGCCGCGCUGCGCCGCGCGUGGAGGCACCUCGGGCUGGGCGUGGCCUCGGUGGACGCCACCGGCCUCGCAACGGCGGAGGCGAAGCUGCCGGCGACCCGCGAAGAGCUCGGCCGGCGGCGCGAGCCGACGGAGGCGCGCGAGCCGCUCCUCGCCGCGACGCGCGCAGAGCUUUGCGCGCUCUACGCGCCGCUCAACCGGCAGCUGAGAGACUUGCUCGCCGCCGACCGGACGAGCUGCGAGGGCGUGGGCUGCGACGGCUUUCUCUGGUCGCAGGAUUGCACCGCCGCUGAGGGUGUGUAG